AUCAUCGUCCAUCCAGCUUACAACAGUAACACUAUGGACAACGACAUGGCAUUGAUCAAACUUGCAACUCCAAUUACUUUCCCAGCUGACAACAGGAUUGCUCCUGUGUGUCUCCCAAGUGCAAGCAAUUUAUACGAAAAUGUGAAUGCUAUAGUUACUGGAUGGGGAACAACUUCCUCAGGUGGUACCCAACCUAAUGAACUACAAGAGGUGACGGUGCCAACAUUGACUAACACCCAGUGCCGACUAUUAUAUGGAACGAGCAUCACAUCAAACAUGAUUUGUGCUGGACCGAUUGCUGGAGGAGAAAAGUUCCUGUCAGGU